UCACUGAUCAGCGGAAAGAGCCAUUGACUUCGGCUUUGUCAUGUGACCAAGCUGUGUCCAAUCACAACUUGAUCACUGAUGAUCAGUGCCCUGAUGAUCAGUGUAGCCCAUCAGUGCCACGUGUCAGUGCACAUCAAUGCCACCUGUCAGUGCCCAUCAGUGCACAUCAAUGCCACAUAUCAGUGCCUACUAGUGCACAUCAAUGCUACAUAUCAGUGCCCAUAUGAGCUGCCUUUCAGUGCCAACUAUCAUUGCCAGUCAGUGCCCCCUAUCAGUGCCAGUCAGUGCCGCCUAUGAGUACUGCCAGUCGGUUCCGCCUAUCAGUGCCCGUCAGUGCCGCCUAUCAGUGCCAGUCAGUGCUGCCUAUCAGUGCCACAUAUGAGUACUGCCUUUCAG